AUGGCGCCCCGAACCAUCAUCCCCAUCAAUGAGGGCUGGCAGUUUGGACGAACAGAUGUAGAGGAAGCUUCGUUUCUGCCUGUUUCCCAGUUCCCUACAAAUGUCCAUCUCGAUCUCUUGCAUCACAAACUCAUUCCCGAUCCAUUCAUCGGAAAAAAUGAAUUGGAUGUGCAAUGGGUGGGAGAGGUGAGGGCUUGGCAGUACCGCACCUCGUUCAAGACUCCCAAGAUUGCCAGCAAUGAAAAAGCCAUCCUCGCCUUUGAUGGGUUGGAUACCUUUGCCGAGGUGCUUCUCAACGACAAAAAGAUUCUCGAAACUGACAACAUGUUUAUCCCUGAGCGGGUGGACGUCACUGCACUUCUCAACGAGACAGACAACCAACUCGUCAUCACCUUUGAUAGCGCAUAUUUGAGAGGAUGGGAGAGAGUUGAGAAGAUUCCCAGUCACAAAUGGGGCACCUGGAAUGGAGAUUACUCCAGACUGGGAGUCCGGAAAGCGCAGUAUCACUGGGGUUGGGAUUGGGGUCCAACGCUGUUGACGUGCGGGCCCUGGAAGCCCAUCAACCUCGAGAUCUACGAAUCUCGUGUGGCUGAUUUAUAUGCAACCGUCACGGUGGAUAACUCUCUGGACAGCGCCAAAGUUGUGCUCCACGCGACAACUGAGGGAAAGGCGUCCAAGGUGCGGUUUAACUUGUCACUGAACGACACCGCUCUAAGCGAAACGGUGGAUGUCACAAAAGAAGGGGCUGCUGAGGCUACUUUCAACAUUAGCAACCCGGAGCUGUGGUAUCCCGUCAGAUAUGGAAAGCAGCCGCUGUACAAAGCCACGGCGACGCUGCUAGAUGGUGAUGAUGAAGUGGACGUUGCAUCAAAGAAGAUAGGCCUUCGAAAGGUGGAACUGGUCCAGAAGCCACUCAAAGAUCAGCCAGGAACAUCCUUCUUUUUCAAAGUGAACAAUACUCCGAUAUUCUGCGGAGGCAGCUGCUGGAUUCCGGCUGACAACUUCACUCCACGAAUCACCAAAGAAAAGUACCAGAACUGGAUCAAGCUCAUGGUCGAAGGCAAUCAAUCCAUGAUCCGUAUCUGGGGAGGUGGUAUUUACGAGGAUGAGCAUCUGCUUGAUGCUUGUGACGAACAAGGUAUCCUGGUCUGGGUUGACUUUCUGUUUGCCUGCGGAAACUAUCCCACUAACCCAGAGAUGCUGCAAUCCAUCGAAAGGGAAGCUAGGGAGAAUGUCAAAAUCAUGCGACACCACCCUAGUAUUGUCAUUUACGCUGGCAAUAACGAAGAUUACCAAUUCCAGGAGAGCGAAGGACUCAUCUACAAGGUUGAAGACAAGGAUCCUCAAAGCUGGCUCAAGUCAGAUUUCCCGGCCCGUUACAUCUACGAGCACCUACUCUCAGAGGUGUGCAAUGACCUGGUACCAGAGACGUUCUACCACUAUGGAAGUCCUUGGGGCGGCAAGACAUCUUCGGAUCCAACUGUGGGAGACAUUCAUCAAUGGAACGUGUGGCAUGGAACCCAAGCAAGAUACCAAGACUUUGAUAAGCUGGGAGGAAGGUUUGUCUCAGAAUUUGGCAUGGAGGCUUUCCCUUCUAUUCGAACCAUUGAUGCCCUCUUGCCCAAGGGCAGACGGACAUGA